AUGGCCUUGACUGGGGAUCAGCCAGCUCGGGGACUUCUUUCUAAAAUUAACGCCAAUUUAAAUUACACUCCGGGAUGCGGGCCUGCUGUCUGCAGUGUGCUGCUAGUCGGCUGCUCUGGCACGCUAUCAAUCGCUCCAUCCAUCAUGUUAGAUCCGUCUAGUGUUCCUGUGCCAGGCCUUUUAGCGUCCGCGACUUUCCUCCAAAUGGGAAAAGAAUGUCAAGAGCCUACCGUCCGCCCGGGACCUGCACGAAAAGGAGGAAGAGGGGGGGUGGCCCAAUGCAGGAGCAGCAGGCGGCAUCCAGUUGACCAGAAUGAAUUGAUUACUGAUUCUGGCAUGAGCGGUCGAUAUGGCUCAGUGUCAAAGACUCAAAAACACACUGAAGGGAUCCACACGGAGCAUUCAACACGGUUCGAGAAGCCGGCUAUUGGUGCAUGCCGAAUUGUAUCUGAGCGACAGUCAAUAGUCGCAAUUCCUUUUGAUGGCCGGAGAUUCAUCCAUUACAGUGAUUACACCAUAUUCGCAUUCAUUUAUUUGUUGUUUGCCAUCCGUGCCUUGAGGCGGGCACUCCCCACCCUCCGGAUGGGCUUCCGUGCCGGCGAAGGAGACCCGGUGAAGCCCAUCGUUUUUCCUAAAUAG